CCGAAAUGUCACAAGAAAUAGAUUAUGUUUCGGAUUUAAACGAUAAAUACGCUGCAUUAGAAAUUGAAUUAGAUCAACAACUCACAACAAUUGUAAAAACAGACAAACUGUUUGAAGCAGACCAAAUGUUAGUUAACAAGGAUGUUGACAAAAAAGCAGCUAGAUCAGUAAGUUCACUGGAUGCAUCUCGACGAAGGAACUAUGAGCUUUUAAAAUCUUUGGAGAUGUCCAAAGCACGGCUACGAUCACGUGCUACUUUCAGUCCAUUGGAAACAAUUCUACAAAAAGCUAUUGGAAAUUAUCUAAAGGAAACGUCAUUGGUACCAUGUAGUACAAAAAGAGCAUAUGGACCAACAUACGUUUAA